UACAUAUCUAAUCAAAUUUCUCUGGUUAUGGAAAUACUGUUUGAUUAAGAAUUCAUUAUAUAUACUAAAUGAACAAGGACUACAUGAUUAUGUAACGACGAGUUAGUCUCUUGUUUUUGUUUAAUCAUGGAAUUAUUGGAAAGUUUGCUGAAUGCUUAUGUUUCAAGUGCAGUGCUUGGAGUCAUAUUACUUUAUAUCCUUUAUCGAUUCUCUGUAAGGAAUCAUAAUGUGUGGAAAGAGAAAAAUGUACCAUUCGUUAAACCCUAUCCGUUUGUUGGAUCUCUGUUGCCCACUUUGCGAUACGGCUUUGAAGUGUUGGAUUUUGAAAAUCUUAAGAAGUCAGGCAGAAUCUACGGGUACUAUGAUGGAAAUAAUCCCGCUUUAAUGAUAGCAGAGCCAGAACUUUUGCGAGACAUAUAUGUGAAAGAUUUUCAAUCCUUCCUAGAUCAUACAGAUUUCGGAACAGGAGAAGAAUUACUUGAAAAAAUGCUGAUAAUUGUUGGGGGAGAAGAUUGGAAACGAAUUAGAAUGGUUGUUUCUCCAACAUUUUCGACCGGCAAACUCAAAAAGAAUGUAUGGCUCAUUUACAGUAGACAUAAUUGCAAGUUCAGCCUUUUCUACUAAAAUUGAGUCCCGCAACGAUCCCAAUAAUAUAUUUGUCAAACAUGUGAAAAGAAUGUUCGAACAGAAUCCUAGCUUUCGUCAAAUACUUGCCUUUGCGGCUCCAAAUCUGGCAAGAAAACUGGGUGUGAAAAUCGUUCCUCAGGAUUCCUUGAACUUUUUCCGUGACACAAUUUAUGAAAUAAUCAAGCAAAGGAGAGAGACGGGACAGACAAGAAACGAUUUUCUACAGUUAUUGCUGGAAUGUGCAAAUGAAAUUCCAAAAGAAGACCUUAAUGAACUAAUGUCAGAAGAAGUCACUCAGAAUUAUGGUUCAGAAUCUGCUGAUCGUACAUAUUUCAAAAAUAUAUCAUCAAAAAGUCUGUCGAUGGAUGAGAUUGUAGCUCAAUGUAUCCUAUUCUUUAUUGCUGGAUAUCAGACCACAACAUUGCUGCUUGGAUACACAACAUACAAUUUAGCCGUGAAUCAAAAAAUUCAAGAUAAGGUCUUCGAGGAAAUUAAGGAACAGCUGAGAGAAACUAAUGGCAAAGUAACUUACGAAGCAAUUCAGAAUAGGAAAUAUUUAGACAAUGUUAUUUCUGAAGCACUUCGAUUGCAUCCACCUGUUGUAAGGUUGGACAGAAUAGCUGUAGUAGAUUACAAGUUAAAAGGCACAGAAAUCACCAUUCCUAAGGGAACGACUGUUACCACUCCAGUUUAUGCUAUGCACAGGGAUCCAGAAUUUUUUCCUGAUCCUGAAACCUUCGAUCCAGACAGAUUCAGUCCAGAAAAUAAAGAUAAAAUUAUUCCGUACUCCUAUUUACCAUUUGGUUCCGGACCUAGAAAUUGUAUUGGAAUGCGAUUCGCUCUUUUGGAAACCAAAAUAUGCCUUACCUAUGUCUUAAGUACUUUCCAAGUACUAACUGGUCCAGAAACAAAGAUACCCUUAGAACAUCUAGCAGGAGGUCUAGGUUUUCUUCGGCCAAAGGAUAUUACUCUUCGAUUUAAACAGAGAGAUGAUUGUCCUUUAAAAUGAUGACAGAAAAAUCAUACUCAACUUCAUUCA